UGCAACGUACCAGCUCGUUGUUUCCGAGCGAAUGGAACUCUCGUGGCGGGUUUAUUCAAGAUGGAGUUGACGUCUGCGUUGCAGUUUUUGAAGCUUCACCAAGUCCCACAAGCCUGGGUGAAUGAAGUGUGGGAUGCAGAAUUUACAGCGAUGAUACCGAUGGAAGAUAACAUAGAAUUGGAACUAGCAUCUUGUGGAGAGGAAGAUUUCAGAAGUCUGUACACAUGCCUGCUGGUUCUUUCAGAGGAACAACUGCAGUCUUCAAGCAGUGAUGACAGUUCACAGAGUAUCUGGAGACAACUGAGGGAGAGCGGUGUCUCAGUGCAAUCUUUGGUGGCUGUGCUGUCCUUCUUUGUAUUGACAGCAAAAGGCAAAGCAGCUAAUACUCAGCAGAGGGUGAGAACCCUCCAUGCUGCGUCCCUCUAUGUGUUGCUGCUUGGGAUCCCAGGAAGUAUUGCAAACAAAGUUUUUCACGAGAUUUUUUUCGACACUUGCUUGAGUGCAACCACUCAGUGCUGGCCUCAGGACUUUGGCAGAAAACGCAAGAAGGACACGCUCAAAAGUUCUCAGGCAGAGGGCAAGCGUUCCAAACCACACCGGAAGGAAAUUCAAGAGAUGGAAGUGGAUGAAGAAGAGGAGGAGGAAGAGGAGCUCCAUUUAUCAAGCCAAGACCUUAACAGGAUCAGAGAUGCACUGGUUCUUCUGGUUCAAAGUCUUCUCAGACUUCUGCAGACAUUCACACUCAAAUACAAACCCCAAAGUGCCUGCAGUUGCACCCAGAUUUUUAGUAAAUUGCUUUACUUUGAGCCAGUCAUUGGAGAGCUAAACCUUGCUGCUGGACAAAAUAUGAAUGAACUGCAGAGCAUCCCUGAGAUGGCCUUCUUUGGCAUGCAGCUGAUUUGCACACCAAAACACGGAGACCAAAAAGAAUCCCUGAGGAGGGUUUUCCACAGACUUCUCUACGUGAUCCUGAUGAUGAAUAAAGGCGACAGAGGCAGACCAACCUUGCUUGUCCCCAAUCAUGCCGUACUCGCCACACGUGAUCAAGCCAUCCAAUUUGUCUGUCACAUGGUGAAUGAGCUGAAGGAUCUGGCACUUCCUUUCUUAAAAGUCCUCCUGCAGCACAUCUGUUGCCAGAUUGUGGAAAAAUGUGAGUAUAGAAACCACGGAGCCCAGGCGGUUGGCACGCUGACAUCUGAGAUGUCAAGUACAGACUAUGCACACUUCAUCAAGUGGCUGCAUAACUUCUCGAGACACUCAAAGAUGGCGUCUCGCCUGUUCUCUGUGGAUGUCGUGAUGGUUCUACUGGGGCAGCCGGAGAGGAGGCCCGAGGAAUGUGACGAUCCGGGUCUUGCCUGCUACUUGCCGCACCAGUUCCUAAUCCAGAGCCUCUUGUUCGCCCGACGUAAUGACCCCUCGCCCACUGUCCAAAGCCACGUCUUCGCCUGCCUGGCCCAGUGUCUGGAAUUCCCUUCACACAAUGCCACCUAUGCUGUCCAAAACCUCUUCUCUGCCACUGUAACACAGACUGUAUUGGAAGUGGAAAGUACAGAAGGCAGUUCCCAGCAGCAUCAGAAAACCUAUCACUCUUUGCCAUUCAGGACUGUCGAGGUCGGUAGCAACGAUAGCACGGUCUGCGAUGCAAAAGCAAACGAGAACAUCACUCUUCUCUUUCGGCGUGUACAAGACUCCAAAUCUAAUGUUCGCAAAUCGGCGCUGCAGGCCCUUGUGGGUCUUCUGAAGCAUGGCGUGAUCCCCGUGAGCUGGAAGAACCUGUCUAUGCUCUCGGAUCGCUGCAGAGACCCGGCUGUAUCUGUGAAGAAGAAAGCAUUGCAGUGUGUGGGAGAGAUACUCAAUGCUAAACCAGAUUGCAGCCUGGUGCAGAAGGCAUGGCUGCAUGGUGUGGUACCAGCUGUGGUGGAUUCUGAGAACUCUGUCCAGGAGAAGGCCCUGGAGACUCUAGAGCUCUACUUGCUCAGCCAGGUCAAAGCAUACUCUGGUAGCCGUCAUCUGCAUUCCAGUCAGAGGCUGACCUGGAAGCUGCUAAAUCUGCUCUGUGGUGAAUGUCAGAACCUUAGCCGAUAUUUCAAUCGAGCCAUCGCUGUCUGGACGAAACAAAACAAAUUUACUGCAACAUUUAUAAAUAACCUCAUUUCACACACGGAGGCCGAUCACAGUGCUGGAGCCUGGCUGCUACUUUCCAGGGUAGUUGCCACAGCACCCCAAAUCCCUUGUGGAAAAAUCCUGGAUUCCUGGGACAACAUGGUCAGUUCAAAGGAUGUGAGCGUGACAACCUGUUGUCACAUCAUGUGUGUGAUUGGAGAAAUUUCUGCUCACUUAAAUGAAGACACCAAGGAUAGGAUAGUUGAUGAUGUCAUGUGUUGGUUGAAGUCCUUUACGAUGUCUCUUGAGCUUAUCAGCGCAGCUAUCGAUACUCUUCACCAACUUGGCAGCAGUGAAGAUGUCAAACAGACUCAGUCUUUCCUGAAUCAUCACUGCGGUGAGCUGGUGUCACUCUGUGAGGCCUAUUUAGCUGGCAUCAUCCUGAAUGAAAAUGGAACCCACAACAUUAACGAGGAAGUAAUAGUGAAAUACCUUCACACUUUUGGUGUUGCGUCGCUCAACUGUCCUGCUAGAGUGUCCAAAAGAAUGAUCUUGCUCGUGGAAUCUAUCCUUGUCACACGUACGGACAAACUCCCAGAUUGUCAGGACGAGCUACCAGCUUCACUGCCUGUCUCACAGUUUAAAGCAAACUCCAUGCCAACCAAAGUCAGAGCACAUGGUGUUAUUACUUUGGGCAAGCUGUUUCUGCAGCACGAGGAACUCGUCCAGGCGUACCUUCCCGUGUUUGCCAGGGAGCUGGAGGUUGGCACAGAAGUCGCUGUACGCAACAACGUUGUGGUGAUUAUGUGCGAUCUCUGUGUUCGAUACACAAACGUAGUGGAUCGCUAUAUUCCAAACAUUUCCGCCUGUCUACGAGAUGAUGAAACGAUCAUCAGGGAGCAGACUCUCAUCAUGCUGACCAUCCUCCUCCAGGAGGAGUUUGUGAAAUGGAAGGGUUCUCUUUUCUUCCGUUUCAUGGUGAUGCUAGUUGAUCCUGAGCCUGCCAUUGCCAGUCUAUGUGAGUACUGUCUGCUCCACAUACUGCUGAAGAAGAACCCAGAAAUGUUUAGCCAGCAUUUCAUCGAGUGCAUCUACCACUUCAAUUCCCAUAGCGGACACAAUUCCUACAACAAAUUCCCUCAAACUGAAAGUGAAAAAGUGAGGUUCUCCCUAAAAGGGCCCCAGCACCGUGAGAAACGUUUUCGGAUUUACCGGUUUCUGCUGCAACACUUCAAUGAUGCUCAGCGCCUCAACAUCACCAACAAGAUGAACCAAAGUGUACUGGCCUGCUUUGCAGAUGAAGAGCUUCCGCUUGAUGCAGAUGGUGCAGACAUUUUGUCAGAGACCUUCAACAUACUGACUCUGAAAGAGAUGAAGCUGCAGGCCACAUCUACACCGCUUGGAAGUACUGGAGGGGAGGAACAAGCAGAGGGGAACAUGGCCACUAUGGCAAAAGCUGUUCUUCAGGCAGUUCAAAAUAAGGUGGCUUCUCAGGUCAAGAAGAAGGCUUUCAUAGAGAACACGGUUCCUCUAAUCAUUUGCCUUAAGCACUUAUUGGAGCGGAAACAGUCUCCUGUCCUCAAAGAUCUCACUGCCUACCUACAGGUGACAAUGCAAGACUACCGCAAUGAAGUAAAGGAGUUUUUUGCUGGAGAUGAGCAAUUAGCAGUGGAAGUGGAGUUUCUCCUGAAGGAAGCCGAAAAGGAGCGCCAGAUAGCGAAGCAGAUGGACAACUGCAACCUAAAUAAAGAGCCCAAAAUGCUAACUCGUCAGGCUUCAGUCCAUUGUUCUGCUGUUAGGUCGAGGCUUCUGCAUCCUUAUAGCUUCUCCACUCCACAGCCACUGCGUCCAAAUCGCCUGCCAGCAAGACAUACAAAGUCGGAGUGUCAUGUGCGUGUCCUGCCCGGAACCUGGUCAAACCCACAGUCAAAGUCCAGCUCUCUGGAAAGAACAGUAAUGCCUCAAGGUGGUGAGGGGAACAGAGCCAUCAGCACACCCAACGGUGACAUCUUCAAUUUAACCUUUGAGGGAUUCAGUGCCAUCUACAGUGAUAAAACAACAAGUUCCCACGAGGAGACGAGCGUUCUUCAUGUAUGGUCAGAGGAAGAGAGGCCUGCUGGACUGAGGCAGUGGAAUGUACAGUCUCCUCUUCGUCUGAAAAAGAAAACCAAUGUUUAGUUCACAUUUACUUUGAUAUGCGUGUCUUGUUUUCCCCCGUCACAUUCUUUUGAGAGUUUUGUUUUAACUUUGGUGUUGAACAAAGGGGCCUCUUUAUUUUACUUUGGGAUGUUAUUCUAUUAUAGAGGGUCUAUAAGCACCUUGUUAUACACACACCUUGUAUGUUAUAAUUCCCCCCCUACUCCUUUAAGAAGGCCAUAUAUUCGUCUGGUUAUUGCAGCAGGCGUAACGUUAUUUUACCCUGUUCUAAAAUGUAUUCUUCUACCCUUUGAAAAUAAAAGU